GCAGCAGCAGCGUGGUGAAGGAGAACCCGGCGUGGAAAAACGUUAGCGACACUUUCUGGACUUAAUUUACGGUUAAACGUUUAUAACAGCUGCGUGUAGUUUGAGGUUUGAGCUUCUCUGAUUCAGACCUGUCGAAGAAAAUCGCCAGAGAUUCCGCCACAAGAUGCCUCAUCGAAAGAAGAAAUCGUUCAUUGAAAAGAAGAAGGCCGUGACCUUUCACCUCGUCCACAGAAGUCAGAGGGAUCCGUUGGCUGCAGAUGAGAAAGCACCGCAGCACGUCCUCCUGCCCGCCACCAAGGUGGAGGUAGAGAAGAGGCGCGAGGAGCAGAGGAACUUUGGCGUUUUCUUCGACGACGACUACAACUACCUGCAGCACCUGAAGGAGGCGUCGGGCGCCUCUGAGCUGGUGGCGGCCGGCCCCUCCUACACCGACACACGGACUGUUAAACUCCGUGAUGAAGAUGAUGAUGGUGAAAAUGAGGAGGAGGGCGACGCGGACAAGGUGUGUCCUGUGAGUUCAGUCAGAGUUCCUCAGGCAGCCAACAUCAACCUGCCGUCCUCGGUGUUCGCCUCAGAGUUUGAGGAGGACGUGGGACUUCUGAACAAAGCUGCUCCAAUCUCAGGACCACGUCUGGACAUGGACCCCGACAUCGUGGCCGCGCUCGACGAAGACUUCGACUACGACGACCCCGACAACAUCCUGGACGACGACUUCAUCGUCAGAGCUAACAGUGGGAGCGGAGCGGCCGACAUGGGAGGGGACGAUGAUGAUGACGAUGAUGAUGAUGAUGAUGAGUGGGAGGACACGGACGAGGAGGGCGACUUCGACUCUGAGGGAGGGGUUUCGGGCGACGAGGACCUGGGACCGGGCGGCGUCGGUCGAGAGUUUCUGUUCAUGGACGAGGAGACGAAGAGUCGGUUCACAGAAUACUCGAUGACGUCGUCGGUGAUGAGGAGGAACGAGCAGCUCUCGCUGCUGGACGACCGCUUCGAGAAGUUUUACGAACAGUUUGAUGACGAUGAGAUCGGCGCUCUGGACAACGCGGAGCUGGAGGGCUACAUCGAACCGGACAGCGCUCGGCUGGAGGAAGUUAUAAAAGACUACUUCAAACAGAAAGAGAAGGAGUUCCAGAGGCCCGAUGACCUGGGGCCUAAAGAACUUCCUGUGGUGAGGGAGGAGGAGGAAGAAGAGGAGGAGGAAGAGGAAAUGGAAACUGUUGUUAUCAAGGCACCAGAAGAGAAGUGGGACUGUGAAACCAUCAUCAGCACAUACUCCAACAUCUACAACAGACCCAAAGUCAUUGAAGAUCCACCAAAGUCGAAGCCGAUCCGUGUCUCCAGUAAGACGGGCAUCCCUCUGGACGUCCUCCCCGGCAGAAGCCUGACAGCGAAGCAGGCGGAGCGUAUGACGAUGAUCAACGACUUGGACCUUCCUCGAGUCUCCACCCAGCCCCGAAACAGAGACGAGAGCAAAGAGGAGAGGAAGGCGAGGAAGCAGGCGAUCAAAGGAGAGCGCAAGGAGAGGAGAGUGGAGAAGAAGGCCAACAAGGUGGCGUUCAAGGAAGAGAGAGUGCGACAGGAGAAGCAGAUGUUGAACCUGAGGACGAACAUUCAAGGCAUGAAGCUUUAGUAGCGGAGAGAGGCGGCGCUCGGCCCGCACAGACUCUUAACGCGCUGAUGGCGUGAUCAGCGGACACGCCGCGCUUCACCUCAGUGCAGCUGACGGGACAACAAACAUCCCCAGGCAUGAGCGGGCUGACGAGCUGCGGGUCUUUUCUUCAAAGACAGUUAAUUUAACUUUUAAUAAAAGGAGAAAUCCAGUUUAUCGACAGUAAACCAGCUCAGACCAUGUUGCUGUGACAGUUUGAAACCCAGGAACUUUGGUACAAGCUGAAAUGUUUCUAAUGAAAAGCUCUUUUCAGAUCCUGAUUUAAGAUCUAGUUUAUCAACGUUACACCGUCUUUAAACCACAGAUAAAGGAAGAGGUGAGAAAAUUAAACCCACUCUCUCGUCUGUACGUGAAUAACGAGUCAACAGCUGCACAAAGAUACAAAAUCCACCUAUAAGCUCCAAUUAUACGACAUGUUUUUAUAAUCCACACUAAAACCAAAAGGCUGUUUGUUGUUUUUAUCCUUGCGUUAGAUAAUUAUACUUCAGAUUAAACAAACGAGUGUUAAUUAGUGAACUUCAGAGGGGCUGGUAGGUGGAUUUCAUUCCCUUUGCACAGAUGCAGGCCAGCUGUUUCCAGGCUUUGUGCUAAGCUAAGCUAAGCUAACCGGCUGCUGGUGGUAUCAAUCUUCUCAUUUAA